AUGGUCGACAAAUUCCUCCGACGGCGCGUCGAUAGUUUUCGUGCCGCACCUCCAGGGCCAAGCCAAUACGACGACAGGGAAGAGAGGUACAAAGCUCAAGAUUCCAUUGCAGUAGAGUACGUGACAUGUGUGAUUCUCGAUGCCCACGACAAGGACCCUGCAACGGAGCUGAAAGUCUCGUACAGCUCAUGGGACACAGUCUUCGAGCAGAUCGCCGACGCUAAGCGACGCCAUGAAGACAAGACGGACUAUAACUCCAAGGCGGAAGUCGCCAUCAAUCUAAUGUCGUCAUAUAUCAAUAUCAUACCAGAUGAGUACGGGCUUGGGGUCCUUAAGGGAGGCCUGGCACUCAUUUUCAAUGCCACAAAGACGCAUCGAGAAAACCGAGGAAGAAUCCUCGACACGUUCGAAACCCUCCCCGACGCCAUCGUCACCAUCAACACGGCUCAUGCUCUUUUGCAGCCAGAAUCUAAAGACAUAGAGCUUCAGGGAGAGUUCCUCAGUAUACUGGUCAAGGACAUCCCGGCCUUGGUCAAAAUACUGUUCGGAGAAGAGACCUGUCAGAAUGAGCCUAGUUUUUCACUUGACAUGUCCGGUUAA